AUGGCGGUAAUUGGUGGUUGUCGGGAAUACACCGGAGCUCCUUAUCUUUCUGUUAUUUUGGCUUUAAAACAUAAAAACCCUGAUGGCCAGAAAUUGUUAGCAUCAACAUUGACCCCGCAGCCACAGUCGAUGACUUAUGCUCCAUAUGAAGAUGAUGUGCACAUGUCAUUUGGAAGUAUGCUGUUACAUGGUCUUACAAUGAGUGAGGGCAAUGGUGAUCUCGAGACUCGCUGUAGAGCAGCGAGCGUUAUUUCUCAUGUCCAGAAGGAUAAUUUACAAUGUAAAGAAAAGGUUUUGCGAAUUGAACUCGAAGCUCCGAUACCAACUUUAGGAGGUAAGCCUUUAAUGCACCGCAUGAUGAAGUACCUGGCUCUUUCCUCUUCUAUGAAAAGUAAUGAUGGAAAAUCAAGCGCAUCUCGGAACACAUAUGUUGAACCAGUUAUCUUGAAACUACUAAUUGUCUGGCUCUCUGGUUGUCCAAGUUUAGUACAGUGCUUCCUUGAUUCACGCCCUCACCUAACUUAUUUGCUCGAGUUGGUUUCUAAUCCAGUUCGACUAUCUGUACAAAGGGGAUUAGAUGUUGUGCUUUUGGGCGAGUGUAUUAUAUAUAAUACAUCUAUUGAUAGUGGAAAGGAUGCAUUUAGCAUAGCUGAUGUCAUAAGCUAG